AUGGCAAAGUCUGCGUCAACAGAGGACCUCCCUAAUCUCAAAGCUACCGAGCAUGUCUUGCACAAUGAGUUCGCCGAACAUCUGGCAGACCGCGCCGUUGAAGUUGAGUGCAGCCCAUGGACCAAGUCCAUGUUCAGGCUGCACGGCUGUCUGCUCAUUACUUAUUUCUGCGGAUGCCUCAAUGGAUACGAUGGGUCACUCAUGGGUGGAUUAAAUGCCAUGGUGUCCUACCAGAACUAUUACAACACGACUCCGGCAGGUUCACAGACGGGCUUCAUCUUUGCCAUCUACAACAUAGGGUCCAUUGCUGCCAUUCCUUUCACCGGACCAAUCAACGACUUCUUCGGUAGACGGCUUGGCAUGUUCGCCGGUGCUCUACUCAUCGUCGUUGGCACCUGCAUCCAGGCUCCUUCGACGAAACUCUCCAUGUUCAUCGGCGGCCGCUUUAUUCUUGGAUUCGGCGUCUCCUUCUGUUCGGUCAGUGCACCGUGCUAUGUGAGCGAAAUGUCUCAUCCUCGGUGGCGUGGGGUUCAUACGGGCUUGUACAACUGUAUGUGGUGGCUUGGUUCUAUCAUCGCAAGCUGGACCAUCUUUGGCUGCUCCAAGUGGGACAACCCGUACGCAUUCCGCAUCCCUAUCUGGGGGCAGCUAGUUUCAUCAGUUAUUGUGGGAUGUGGUGUCUGGUUUGUGCCAGAGUCGCCACGAUGGCUCAUUGCCCAUGGCAAAAUAGAGCAAGCCAAGGCUGUCCUCGCCAAGUACCAUGGAGAAGGCUUAGAGGAUCACCCGAUGGUUCUCCUGCAGAUGGAGGAGAUGAAGCACAGUAUCCGCCAAGACGCCUCGGACAAGAAGUGGUGGGACUACCGCGAGCUUGUCAACACACGUUCGGCUCACCGAAGGCUCAUCUGCGUCUUGGGCAUGGCUGCUUUUGGCCAACUCAGCGGCAACUCGGUAACUGGCUAUUAUCUCCCCGUCAUGGUCCAGAACGCGGGCAUAACUUCCGAAAGCACGCAGCUUUUGCUCAACGGCCUCAAUCCCGUGUUCUGCUUCAUUGCCUCAAUCCUAGGAGCACGCUUCAGCGACAAGAUUGGUCGCAGGCCCUUGUUGCUUUACUCUAUCUUUUUCUGCUCUAUCUGCUUUGCGGUCAUGACUGGCACUUCCAAGCUCGCCACCAGCGGGGGCGGUAAUGCCUCAGCUGCGAACACCACCAUAGUCUUUGUCUUCUUAUUCGGCGUCGCCUUUUCGUUCGGCUGGACGCCGUUGCAGACUAUGUACAUUGUGGAAACACUAACGACGGCUACUCGCGCAAAGGGCACCGCGGUAAGUAACUUAACUUCUGCCGCUGCCAGCGUCGUCAUUCAGUAUUCGUCAGCUCCUGCUUUUGAGGAUAUUGGAUACUAUUUCUACAUCUUCUUUGUAUUCUGGGAUAUUUUUGAAGGCAUUUUUAUCUAUUUCUACUUCCCCGAGACUAAGGAGCGCACCUUGGAGGAGAUGGACGAAGUCUUCGAGGCAAAGAACCCCGUCAAAAAGAGCUUGAUGAAGCGGGAUACGGCUACUGUGGCAACGACUCUUGGUCUAGACCCUGCUUAA